AUGAGUCAAAUUACACAGGCAAUUUUAGGGGUACUUCAAAGUCAUGGAAUUUGUACAGAUAUUUUGAAUCAAUCAACAUUGUCAGGAGGUUGCAUUAACGAUGCGUUUAAAUUGUCCACAGAUACGGGUGAUGUGUUUGUAAAGACAAGCAGCGGGGUGAAUGCUCGUGCGAUGUUUGAAGGCGAAAUUGAGUCCUUGAAUGCGAUACUUGUAACGGUUCCAGGAUUUGCACCAAAGCCUCUAUGCCUUGGAGCAUUGCCUAAUGGAGGUGCAUUUAUCGUUACAACAUAUAAACGACUUUCGACAUCAUAUUCAUCAUCUACGCAAAAAUUGUUUGCUCAAAAAUUAUCUGAAUUGCAUUCUAAAGAGUCCCCAAAUGGUAAAUUCGGAUUUCCAGUGAUGACGACGUGUGGCCCUACAGAACAAGAUAAUACAUGGGAAGAUACCUGGGCAGAUUUCUAUAAAAGACGAAGAUUAAGACCUAUAUUGGAAAAAUGUUUACAAAAUAAUCCAGGAGAUAACGAAUUACGCAGGCUUGGCGAAAUAGUUAUAGACAAGGUUGUUGAUUUUUUAAUGAAAGAUAUUGAAGUGAAGCCUGUAUUAGUUCAUGGUGAUUUAUGGAGCGGGAAUUGGAGCGUUGAUUCCGAUGCCAACGAACCCAUCAUUUAUGAUCCUUCGUCUUGUUACGGUCAUAAUGAAUAUGAAUUAAGUAUUCUAACUAUGUUUGGAAGUCCUGGAAGUGAAUUCUUUCGAGAGUAUCACAAACAUCAUCCGCGUCAGGAACCUUACUUCGAACAAAGACAAGACGGAAUGUAUCCCCUUGUAUUUGGUCAUUCGACUGCUCGUCUGACUUCAACUAAAGGAGGGCAAUAUAGUUAUGGUGGUGGCUGCGGUGGUUUAGAAGGUGGCAUCAGAGGUUUUAGAGGUGUUUCUUAUUCUUACAUACAAAGCGACGUCCCUUUAAGUAUAAACUUUGAGCCAAAGAAAAAGUCCAUCUUAAAUCCAAUGAUUUCGAAUCAAAAACGUAAGCGAAAUAAACGUAGAGCCAGGUUAAACUUGACCCAACGUGUUACCACAAAGGAACGAAAACAUAAAGGAUCUCUUCAGGAAAGAGAUGAAAUAAGAGCUUUGAAAAACGAAGCCAUCUUUUAUGAAUUACAAUGUCAAAUUAUUCAAGUCAAAUCCAGAGAAUUACAACGCAUUCUUCAUGAACAGGAUGAAGAGAUCCUUCGAAAAGAAAAAGAGGUGAGGGAUCUAAGGUCAAUUGAGAGGAUGUUAAUAAAAUUCCUCGAAGAAACUGAGAAUCAACCAGCAGAUAUACAACAGACCUUACCAAAUAAUUUAAAAAUUGCCGCUGCUCCUUCUGCAUUCAGAGACAAUAUAUACAGGAUAUAUGUAUUGUGCGCUGCUUUAUUAUCUUUCCUCUUAGUUCGAGUUGUUUCUCAUGGUUCCAUCGUGGUUAAUCGUGUGUGA